GCUCAGGGAACAUUUGUAGAAGUGGAUACAGCAUUAAGGCAAGAGCUAUAUGAUAUGAAUUUGAUUACAAGAUUGAUGUCAUCAAACAGUACAGCUAGGCGUGAGUUACGUAACGCGUACGGGCUCAGGGAGAAAACGCCAUUGGCUAUCGCUGGCAUAGUGGGACUCGAAACAGUUAUUCUAGUUGUACUUAUCGCUGUAUUCAUCCUGCUUGUGUUAUGUAUAUGUUUAUACUGUCGACAACGGCAUUCCUAUGGGCGUAAACUACGGCAAAUCACAAAUCAGGCCAAUGUUCAUAAUGUCUCUAUAAGUCGACAACCGACACAAAAGAUCAAUCCCUACUAUGCAACGGAUACGGUAACGACAACGCCCCGUGUGAUGGCUCCUCCUCCUCCUUUGCAAUCAACCGAAUUAUAA